AUGCAUGAAUGCAUGGAUGCACUGCACAACAUGCUAGACAUAUCAUCAACAUCUAAUAUACAUGAAAAUAUUCCACAAUUGAAAGGAAAUUGGACGGAUGCCUUAGUUCCAUCGGAACCACUUUUUUACAGAAAAACACAACUAAUCAUAGAUGCACAUUACCUAUCAGAACACAACAUACUACAAAACGGAGUACAAGAAACAGAAUUCCAAGCGAUCAAACUUAUUUCGUUGGACAAGUUGUUUGGCAAUAAAAAUGAAAUAUUUCUUGGAUUUGGACUGCCGAAUGUUUAUUUGACUAUUCCAAUUGAACAUAGUGAUGGAUAUGUUAAAUUCACGACAUUCAUGAUUUGGCGUCAAUGUAGCACAAUCACCGAUACGAAAGGUCGUGUACAAUCAGGAUACCUCAUUCGUUGUCGAAAUCUACCAAAGAAUGCAUUAACAGCACUUCGACAAGCUAUAUUAAAACAUUCAAACAGUUGA